UUUCGGUGGGAAGGUAGACGCUCGAAACGGUGAACUAUCCGGAAUGUUUCGGGCUAAAAAAUACUUAAAAGGAUAUAUAUUUUGCUUUUCAGUAAGGUACAAUUAAUUUUAUCACUCUGUAUGUUCACCUGCCUGUUUAUAUUAAGUUAGCCAACUUGUGUUGGCGUGAAUUUGAUUGAUUAGUCAGUGGAGAUUAUCGGCACAUUCAUGGCUUUGAUAGCGACUGACCAGGGCUGCAAACUGAACGGGACGUCGGCGAUUUACGGCAGAGUUGGACCAAGAAAAGAGGUGUUUCAAGGCAAAGCGGAGGGCUUUAAAAGUGCCAAGAUGCAGCCGAAAGAGACGGAGUAUUCAACAGAUGGCCUGCCCAAAGCUUUCCUGCACAGCCUGAGGACCCUGUUUGACAUUUUGGAUGACGGCGGACGGGGCUAUGUUCAUAUCUCGGAGAUCGAGAGCCGCUGGCAGGGCGCAGACACCCGGGACCUGCCGGGCGGCGUGCUGGGCUGCCUGAGGAGGGUCACCCCACCGCAUGGCUGCCUCACGUUUGAGCGGUUCGUUGCGGGGCUGCGGUACUCCAUGCUCAACCCGGAGAACAACUCCCACUUCAAGGCCCAGGCUGCCGUGUACCCGCAACAGGCGCCGAAGCAGCCCCAUAAACCCGCCGCGCUGUCCACAUGCAGCGUCGGAACACGGGUUGAAAACAAGGUCCGUCCCCUGGGGCCGAGCAACGUGACCAACACUCAACCGCACCGCUCGUCCUCCCUGCAGAGCCGGGCCAGGCAAGAGGAGGGGCCCGGGUACCCCGUGUGUGGACCGACCCCGUACAGCGCGGGCUUCGAGAGGUCCGGGCGGAGUUUGGAGCGGAAUUCCGUCGCUCCGGGGGGCGGGUGUUACCGGGCCGACCCGGGCAAUGUCACCAAGCCUACACAGCCUCAGCAGAGCCGGGUCAGGUCCAUUGAAUCGCUUGCUCUGGAGUCACCACAGCUCCACGGACAAAGUGUUGGGAAAUCAGGUUUACCAAGAUCUCAGAGUGAAUCAGCGACAGGAUUUACUGGUGGCUCCAGGCGACAUGGGCGCAGUCGGGAAGAGCAGAGGCGGCAUACCAUAUCCAACGGAGUGGAUUACGGAAUGCUGAAGCAAAUGAAAGAGCUGGAGCAGGAAAAGGACUCGCUGCUGGCGGGCCUUGAAGUGGUGGAGCGGGCCCGCGACUGGUACCAGGGCCAAAUCCACAAUGUCACAGAGAGACAGCGGCAGGUCGGACAGAGCUCCCACUGCACGGAUUUCUUCACAGAGGCUAAUCAGAGUCGCAUGAAUGCUCUAAUACCCAAACUGCAAGAAGUCAACCGCUGCCUUAAUGACCUUAUUUCCUGCACUGGGAUGCAGGCUUUUCCUUCCAGCGCUGCUCAGACGGCAGCGCUCUCAGCUAACCCCCAGCCUCCGGGUCCAGCUCCUCCACAAGCCAUCCAGAGACUGAAGGACCAGAACCGACUCCUCACACAGGAGGUGACAGAGAAGAGCGAGCGGAUCGCCCAGCUGGAACAGGAGAAGUCAGCCUUGAUAAAACAGCUUUUUGAGGCUCGAGCCCGCAGUGUGCAAGACACCAGCACCAUGGAUUCCACCUUCAUCUGACAGCAGUUACACUCCACCCAACACCUUACCACCACCAUGGUUCUGCUAGGAAUCAUCACAACGCUGGUCUGCAGCACAACUUUUAUAAGACUGAAGCUGACUGUUGUUUACCCACACCUGUAGCAGUGAUGCACCUUUAGCCAAGACACGACUGCAGCAGCAUGUGACCACUCCACCCCAACCAAACAUGCACUACCUACACGUGAACACUCCGAGGAAUACCUUACCCGAAUGACUUGACCCCAGAGCCCUUGACCCCAAAGACUCGUUAACUUGCUGCCUUUACGUUACCUGCAUGAACACCCAAAAAGACUAGACCACUUUGAAGAAACCGGUCAGGUCUCAUGAGAUCUCAUCACUCCAUUCCUUGCAGGAUUACAGCGUCUGCAAGAUCCCCAAUCCCACUCCCAAAAGACUGUUUAGUUCUGCUGCUCAUCUGCACAGGCAAUGGAAAAACUUUAACUUUGUGGUCCAAAAAGGACAAUAUGGGGGUGGCUUUUGUUGGAAUAAAAUGCCAUAUUCUUACAGUUUAAUAUGAAAACAAAUCAUCAGCUGCAUCUGCUUGCUGUGACCUAUCAUUUACAUUUUUGUUUAAAUCUUUUAAGUUUGGUACUUUGAUCUAAAUGAUGAUAAGAAACACUUUGCCCAUGUUUUUUCAGUAUUUCCUUCAUUUUAAUGUAAAUGAAUAAUAAUGUUUACCUGACCUUUGGCUUUUGGGGUUUUAAAGUGUUUAAUAUCAAACACUGAGAGACAGGAAGUACUGAAAAGUGCAGUUUUUGUAUUGUAGUAGCAUGUUUAAUGUUAAGACGUUUCAUGAGAUUUUUUUUUUUUUUUAAGUUUGAAAAAAGAGAUGAGAAGACAGCCUACAAGCCAUCGAGAUGUGGAGGCAGAGGCGGAUGAGAGAAGUUUGGAAGUUUGCACGUAGAAGAGAGCCGAGGAGGAUAAAACAUGGUAGACGGUGAAUGUGUUGGAGCUCGAGCUCCUGGGUUGGGAGAUCUUCUGAUGUCAUGUCAGAAACAAAGAAAUAAAAAUCACUUUGGCUAUCUAGUGCUACAUCCCCUGUAUGUCUUUUUACAGUUGAUUCUUCGUGUUUUCAGCUAAAAGUAUUUAUCUUCUGAAGAGAUUUUUGUUUGAAACCUGGAGAUUAAACGUUAGCACAGAUGUAAAGAAAAACCCAUUUUGUCCUCGUAAGUGUCUUUACCAGGUUGGCUCUAGACUAAAACUGUAAAAACAGCCAUCCACAAGUUUACAAGAGAAAUAUUUAGUUAGUGGGUGGUGGUAGAAAAAAAAGUUGUAGUUUUAUAAUGGAUCUGUAUGGUACUGCUGGGAUGAGCGCACUUAACGUAUUGUUGAUGUCUGUUUCCCACUUGUUUGAUUGUAUUGUUUCUUGCUGCUCCAACUGCAUUAUGUGAGUGAAACUCUUUUCCUUCUGCUUUCUAUCGAGAGUACUCAAACUUCAGAUAAAAAUGUAAAAUAAUAAAUACGACCAAACAAAC